AUGCGUUCCUUCAGUAUCCUGGCUGCGUUGGCAGCAGUGGUGGGCAACGUGGUUGCGCCAAAUCCUGCGGUCUACAAUGCUGCUUCUUCCUCCAUGCGGAUUUUUGAGGCCCUUCGUGGGGUUCCUCAAGGAUGGACAAAAAGAGACGCACCUUCGCCUGCAUCUCGUAUUCGGUUGAGAAUUGCACUUGAAGAACCAGACCACGAGUUCUUUGAAAAGACUCUCUUUGCUGUUUCUGACCCGUACCACGAGAGCUAUGGGAAUCAUCUCAAGCGUGAAGAAGUCAAAGCUUUAAUCAAGCCUCGAGACGAAUCAACCGAAGCUGUACUUUCCUGGCUCAGAAGCUCUGGUGUCGCUGCUGCCGACAUCGAGAACAAUGGCGAAUGGAUCAACUUUGUCGCUCCGGUCUCCACGGCGGAGAAAAUGCUGGACACAACAUUCAGCUACUUCACGCAGAAUGCCGACAAGUCGCAAACUAAGAAACUCAGAACCCUGCAUUAUUCAAUUCCAUCAGAUGUGUCGAAACACGUUGCUAUGAUUCAACCAACGACUCGAUUUGGACAAAUGAUGGCUGAGCGAAGCAACGUUUUCAUUGUCACAGCAGCUGAGGAGAAACCGAAAGCGCCAGCCGAUCCCGUGCCUGGUCUGGCCGUUGAUCCUUCCUGCGAUACUCUAAUUACACCAGCGUGUCUUAGAGCUAUGUACAAUGUUGGAGAUUACCAAGCUGAUUCCCAUGCUGGCACUUUGCUUGGCGUCAACGGAUAUCUGGAAGAAUAUGCCAAAUUCGAUGAGUUUAAUGAAUUCUUAAAGACCUACGCACCUUAUGCUAAGAAGCAAACCUUCGAGUAUGUCAAAGUCAAUGGUGGUCUUGAUACCCAAAACAACGCUAGCAUUGACGAUGUGGAGGCCAAUCUGGACAUCCAAUACGCUGCAGCGCUAGGAUACAAGCAGAAAAUCAAGUUCUACAGCACUGGCGGACGAGGUCCAUUAGUCCCUGAUCUAGAUCAACCAGAUAUCAAUGAGAACUCCAACGAGCCCUACCUCGAUUUCUUGAAUUACCUUACAGCGUUGCCUGACCGGGAAUUGCCCCAAACCAUCACCACUUCUUACGGCGAAGAUGAGCAAAGUGUUCCAGAGCCUUAUACAAAGAAAGUCUGCAAGAUGUUCGGAGAAUUGGGUAUGAGAGGAGUUUCCGUAAUUUUCAGCAGCGGAGACACCGGUGUUGCUAGUGCAUGCCAAACGAACGAUGGCAAGAAUACCACAAGAUUUCUUCCUAUCUUCCCUGCCGCUUGUCCAUAUGUUACAUCUGUGGGCGCUACGUACCAUUACCCGGAGCGAGCCAUUGCAUUCAGUUCUGGGGGCUUCAGUGACCGCUUCCCUCGUCCUUCUUAUCAAGACGCAGCAGUCAAAGAAUAUCUCGGCAUCUUAGGUGAUAGGUGGAAGGGUCUAUACAACCCUGAAGGUCGUGGAUUCCCAGAUAUCGCCGCUCAAGGUUACAACUAUUCUGUUGUUGAGAAAGUGGUUGGAGCCAAUGGUAGCUACACUGGAGCGUUUGAAACAAUCCUUGUUGGCGGUACAAGUGCCUCUGCUCCGACAGUCGCAGGUAUAAUAUCUCUCCUGAACAACGCUCGCGUCAAAGCGAGGCAAAAGCCUUUGGGUUUCCUCAACCCAUGGUUGUAUUCCAAGGGUAAAGAUGGGCUUAACGAUAUCGCUCUGGGUGGUUCGAGAGGCUGUGAUGGUCGCGACGACUACAGUGGUCUGCCGACUCCGUUCGUUCCUUAUGCCUCUUGGAAUGCUACGGCUGGAUGGGAUCCUGUCACUGGAUUAGGAACACCCAACUUUGGAAAGUUGCUCGAGUUGAGCACCCCAGGAUCUAAGUUGCCUCAUAUCAAGGGAUGUGCGGAGUCGGACUUCUGCUAG